AUGUCAGACUCUGAGUCUGAGACGCGAUCCUCCAAUGGGAUUCCCAGUGCAAAAGUCCUCGAGCAAGGGCUAAGGGAUACUGUUGCUAAGAUAUACAAGUCCGGAAAGCUGGACGAGCUCACCGUGAAACGCGUGCGAUUAGCAACGGAGGAAAACCUGGGACUCGAGCAGAACUUUUUUAAGAGCCACGACGAAUGGAAGCCAAGAAGCGAUGAGAUAAUAAAGGAUGAAGUGGAAGUACAGGAGAAGACACCACCCAAGCCUGCCCCAGCGCCGAAAAAACGACAAUCUAAAAAGCGGCCCUCUCCAGAAGCACCCAAGGCUCCGGCUCCCAGCAAAAGACAGAAGAGGAGUACUGUGGUAGAGUCGGAAGAGAGUGAUAUAUCCUCGGUGACGGAGCGCAGCGAGCCCAAGCCCGUGAGCAAAAGAAAGGCAAAACCCAUCCCAGUGAAAGCACCAAAAAGUAAAAAGGCCGCCAAAGUUGACACCGAGUCGGAGCAAGAGGAUUCCGAACGUUCUGAUGGCAACGAGGACAUGGAAGCUGAAUCUGGAGCAGCGCCUGAGGCACGCAAUGAUGCCGAUGCCGGGGGUGCUUCGGAAAGCGAGAUGUCUGUCCUUAUCGACGAGGAGCCCAAGCCCAAGAGGAAAAGGUCAACCGGCAAGCCCUCUGCCCCGAGCAAAGCUAAGAAGAGUACAUCGGAGAAGAAACAAAAAGACACUGCCCCGGAAGACCCAGAUAAGGAGGAAAUAAAGCGGCUUCAAGGCUGGCUGGUCAAAUGCGGAAUACGCAAAGUAUGGGGCCGUGAGCUGAUGGGAUGCAGUACUCCAAAGGAGAAGAUCCGCCACUUAAAGUCCAUGCUUAAGGAUGCCGGUAUGGACGGCAGGUAUUCGAUUGAAAAGGCGAACCGCAUCCGGGAAGACAGGGAGUUAAAGGCUGAUCUGGAAGCCGUUCAAGAGGGCGCGAAGAUGUGGGGGGCUGCCGCGGCUGAUGAAGAAGGAGAGGGACCCCCCAAGACCGGGCGUUCGAGCAGACGGCUUGCUAAGAGCUUCAAGCAGUUUGACUUCCUUGCUCAAAAGGAUCAGGACUCGGAGUCGGAUUGA